CGAGGUAAAUAAAAAUUGGAAAUUUUUCGAAUUUUUCCCUCAGUUCGAAUUGUCAACCGAUCCAAAUAUGGGUAAAAAAGGCAAAAAAGAAAAGAAACCCAAAGAUGAUCCGAAUAAGCUGACCCAGGUGGAUCGCACCUUCUAUGAGCUGACCAUUACGGAUUUGAAUCAGAAAUUGGCCCGGCUGCGUAGUCACCUGGUGACCUUGGAUGAGAAUAAUGUUAGUCUCAAGGAACAGCUGAAGAACAUAACCGAGGAGCGUACCGAUGUGGCUGCCCACCUGGAGAGGGCUCUGGCCGAACGCACCGAUACCAUAACCGAACUGGAGGAACGCCUCGUGGAAAUCACCAAGGUGAGAAAUAAGGAAAAAUCUGAGGCAGCCGAACAAAUCAAGGAUCUGGAGGCCAAAUACAAGGCCAUGCAUGACCAGUUGACGUCGGAAAUAAAACUCCUCAAUGGAAAACUAAAUUCCCUCGAUGAGUUCCGGAUCCAAAGGGAUGUACUUAUGGCCAAAUUCGAUGACCAGGAGGCCGAAGCCAAGGAAAAGGAGCGCCUACACCAAGAGCUCAUCUACAGCAUGGAACAGAGAGCCGUUGUGGAAAAGGAUGCCCUGAAAAAGGAGGUGGAAGCCAAGCUGCUCCAAGUCUCCGAGGACUUCACGCGAUCCAGUGAGAUACGAAAUGCCGGCUAUACCCGAAGGCUGAUUCGUGAAAACAUUGCCCUGCAAAAGGAAAUCGAUUCCCUGGUCCUCAGUCAAAUUCGCAUGCAGCAGGACUACAAUGAGACCAUGGCUCGACAUCGGGACAUGACAGAGCAAUUCACGGCCCUGGAUCAAUUGAAAAAUGAACUGAUCCGCAGCAGUCAGAAUAAAAUCAAAAUCAUUGAAAAGCUCACCGACAACUAUGAGCGAUUGAAGGCGAAGCAUGUGGAGCUCUUGAAAUAUCGUGGCCUCUAUGAAAAUCUAGCCAAGCGGGAUGUUUGUGAACGUUUUACCCUCAACGAUAUGGCCAAGAAAAUGAAAAUUAUGGGCCAGCGGAUCGAGAGCUUGAAAAUGGACAAGCAGCGUUUGCAGGCCCAGCAUGAGCAGUAUGAGGCGGAAAUUCUGCGGCUUAAAGGGGUGCUGCAGCAAAUACGCUCUGCCAUACAACAGGCCAUAACCAGCAUGGACCAUGGCCAAAUCACCACUCUCACACCCUCCAAGGGCGAGGAAGAAGACUCUGUGGCCAUCAAGAAAUUACAGCGGCAAGAUUUACUGCACGAACUUCUUCAAAUCAUUAGCAGCCAAGCGGAAGAUAGUCCCGCCGCAGAUGCCGCAUCCCUGGCCACACCCUCCCAAUCGAAAACCUCCCUCUAUCGGCCAGGAAAAAUGGGCUUUAUGGCCCGUUCCACAUCCUCUCUCAUGGAGAUUUUCAAAAGGGAUGUACAUCGCCUAGUUUCCGCCGAAAUCAUUGCUUCGGCAUAUCAGACGAAAAAGGAGGAGGGAAAAAUUAUACCCAAAGAUCGGGUGAGCGAAGCCGGUUCCAUAAUUGAUGUACAAAUGGGUUCCACGCUGUACGUAUCCGAGUCCCAUGAUGAAAUGGACAUUGGGGCUCCUGAGGAGAAUGAGGAGCCCGAGGAUAUGGGUGAAGAGGGUAGCAGCAGUGAUUAUGGCCCAGAGGUCGCAGCAGGAGCAGCAGCCAGUGAAGAGCAAAGAAAAACUGGUCUAAUGCAAAGGGAGUCUUCCAUUGGUACCUCUCCCCGAGAUUCGGAUAAGGAACCAGGUCCAUCGACAGUGGCCUCUGAAUCGUUGUCACGUGGAUCCAGGGUCUCGCGAGUGUCCAGGCAAAAGAGCCUGCCCCAGGCCGAUGAUGAGGCAUAUUCCAUAAAUUUAUUUUAUUAAAUUAAAAACAAAUAUUUUGUAAAUUUUUAUAUUUUGCUAAAAAAAAUAAAUUAAUUAA